UCCUCGUCUUGUAAACGUUUUCCACUUGAGUGUGAUUCAUCUCUUUUACCUCUAGGGCCAAUUGCAAACUUGAAAUCUCACCACGACAGUUCUGCUACCACAGGUGAUUCUGCAGCUUUCACCGUCCCUUGCAAACAUUGUGCAAGAUAUAGUCCCGUGAAAUUAGGUGCUUUUCUCCAUCGGACAAUGUCAGACAAUAUCGAAACAGACGGGGAAAUCCUAUGGAAGAAUCUAUGGGGCAGGCAGGAAGCACUGCUUGUCCUUGAAGAUAUUGCCGAACACCCAGAACUACCCUCAAUAAGACGCAAGGCGUGGAUUUCUCACGUUGUCCAAUGCUGUUCCCGGCUCUUUCUAGACACUUGCAACCCACCCGAAGGCAUCUUCUUUCGCGACGAUUAUGCAGAAGCUACACAUUGGAUGGUCAAACACCUUACUUCUCAGGCGGAGUACAAUAUGCACAUACAACGAUACCCUGAAGAAAACCCUUUUCUUGGGCCUUUACGCAAACUAUCUAAUCCCGAUCGACUUCGGGGAUAUGUGUUCCAUGGCCACCCCGGAAUUGGCUUGCCUUCCCACGGCGUUCCUGUUUGCGGAAGAUGCAUAUUAUUAUCUUACCGACAACGGUUCCCAAUUGGUUGCACCCAAAGACACGUUCGUGAAGUUCAGUGUCCGAUACAAUGUAGAUCCGACGACUUGGUUUUUGGUCGAUUCCAGAGCCGCUAUCCCAUCCUUUCCCGAUUACCUGUAGUCGCAAGACCAUUUUGUGGUUUUCGCCUCAUCUACGCGUCCCCCCAUGUUCCACUGGGUUAAGGAGUUCGAUCAACAAGUGAAUACUUUUAUCUUUGAACCAAAUACAGGGGAGGAGGCAGUAAUUUGUCUUAGGCUGCAGAGCGGUGUGAAAUCGAACUAUGCAAACAUCCAAGCAAAACUCGAAUAUUUCUAUUCACAUUCACCCUCAAUACGCAACGCGCGUCUGUUGUCGCAGUUUCAGAAUGAUGCCACGCUCAUCCAAUCCAUUAAUGGCCUAUCUUACUCUUUUUGAGAUAGAAUCCAUAUUUAGGCAUCCAGAUGAUCUUGGGGGUUGACUUUCGCGAGCGAGUGUCUCAUCAGAUCCUUACAGUCAGGCCCGAU